UUUGCGGCCGCUGUGUGAGUUCCGUCCGUUUUCACAUCGGCGCGCACUUUCGUCCUUGCAUCGACCAGCGGUCUCCCACGAAGAAGGAUGGAUGCUGAUGACAUUCAAUGGAUUCGGGCCCCCUUUUCGUCCUUGAGAGAGGAAAGUGUCCUCAUGGAAAUGUACGCAAAAUUGGAGGAGUCGUCGUCUGCAGCCAACGUCGCGAUGGCAUCGCCGAAUAACAACAUUACGAUUACGUCCACCAGCACGUGCGUGAACGGCGUGACGAUGUCUCUCGAGGAACUGAAUCAAGACGCAGAUGUUGCUCGCUUGCAACUCUUUGCCAGGCACGCUCAUGGAAGCGAUGCUUCUGACGAUGCACACAAAGACGCACCCCAGAUGAAAUCCACCAAGAAGCGUGCAAAGGCGUCGGCUACGGCGGGUGUAAAUGAGAUGUCACUUGUGUUGAAGGAGCCUUCCCUUCUUGGACAAUCUCCGGAAGCUAUCGUCAGUACCCGGCGCCAAGCCAAGAAAGGAAUGCUCAUCGAACGCAUGUUCCAAGCAAUGGACAAAUGCAUGAUCACUUCAGAAACUCUACCUUCGUGUACGUAUGUCCUGCCGCAGGCGUCUACAUCCAACGGAUCGACGGCAUUCGCAUCACCACGAGUGAUAGAACCUCCGCCCGCAGAGCGUUCCACGUUCGUGCUGAAGCUGUUCUCUGUCGUGUCGUGCCGUAUGCAGUUGACGUUGCUCAAAUCCAUGGCAAGUGACAUUCGCCGUGCUUGUGUUCUGGAAUUGGUGGCGGCGAUCCUGGACUUUCCCGCCCUCGCCCUCUCCAAUAUCUCACAACAUAGCGCCGAGGAUGCCACGUUGCACGCCAUGUAUUCGUUUGCAAAGGACACUUCUGAAGUCCUCAACGACGGCAUGCUGCUCAUGUUGGCCCUGGGGGUGUCGAGCGGUCAAGCGCGCUUUUUGUUGCAUGCCGUGUCCAAGCUGUUGGACGCUCCCCCUGAGUUGGUCGCAUCUGCCGAGCCUGCCUGCGCAAUCCAUUAUGACCACCUCUUCCACCAUCUUGAAACGUACGAGCCACCCACUGUGCUUGGCGAGUUGGGCAAGGCGUCAUUGGUGCAGCAGGUCCGAUUCAAACCCACGACGUCCGAUGAAGCGAGCCAGCAGCAGUCGAAAGUGUCAAUUGCCACAGACGGCACCUAUCUCUACUCGUGGUGCACGAUCGGUGGGCUCAAGAAGAUUGGAACGGGCAAUGGGGGGUCUAUCACCGGCCGUCUAUACUCCCAAGUGCCCGCGUCCUCGUAUAAACCGUAUUUUGGGACCAAGCGGCCCGUGUUGCGAGCCGUGUGCGGAGCUGUCACCAUCGUCACGCUUACAUCAACAAUGCUCGAGACGCCUCCGGUCGUACAAGAUGCGUUUGGCGGGCGCGACGGACAACUUUUGGUGGUGUUCAAGACUGGCAACGUCCUUCAGGACAUUGUCUUUGACAGUCUCGAGCGGAUUUCUCUACCGUCCACUGCAGUCGUCGUGCAUGCUGCAUUUGGCACGUUCAUCGACGUCACGAGUGCGACCCAGCAACUCACGUCGGAAGCGAAUGGCGCUUUCACAGACGCUCUGUCCCCGCUACCACACGCGGAAUUGCUGGUCGUGCUGUGGCCGCUGCCAGGCGAGACCGACGUCCGCGUCAAGGUUGUUCAAAAGGGCGAUGCGAUUUUUGAGACGUUCCCCGCCAUUGAAUCCACAAGCAUCGUGUGUGUCGGCGAGUGGGUGUACUUGAACAUGACGUGCUCAGCAACAAACCUUGCCCAAGCGGUCACCGCUGUCGAGUUUCUUCAAAUCAGCACGACGGACUUGCGAGUCAAGAAUGUUGUCUACAUGGAAACUGGAAAGCGCGACGGUGUCCGACUCCAAUGGACCACGGAAGGCGACUUUUUGUACGAUGUGCGCUUUCGAGCCGACAAGAAUGCAGUCGAUGUGUAUGUGCAUGACACCCCGUCGCUCGAGUUGGUGCGUUCGGUGACGGCACCAGCGCUUGCUACCGCGUUGUUUGGCAAUGCCCAGCCCCAUCCUGUCCCUUGCUACACGAAUGGUCAUGCCUUGGCCAUGACGGCGUCCGAUGGCGUCGAUGUGUCGCCGCAGUGUUUCCAGGUGAAUCUGCAACGUGGUCGAACAUUGCCUCCAGCAAACGACAAAUCGAGUUCUUGUGCCCCGACAGCAGCCGUUUGCUUUGACGCGGCGGCAAACAUGCUGUGGAGCAUUGCGCCAUCGAGGCAUACGAUUGAAUGCUAUCGAAACAAUGGGUCGGUUGUGAGCAUCCGCGACAAACGGCAACACAAAGCGGUGGUGUCCACAGCCCAAGCGUGGUUGUUGGUCCGGGAAAGCAACUCGGUGGGCCGUCGGUGGGUGCUCGGGAUCCUGGCCAAGCUGCACGAGUGGGCUAUCUGUGAUCUGAAGCAAACGAGUGUCCAUGAAGGCGUGCUCCUGGCCGUCGACAUAUGCGAGGAAACAAUUCAAGUGCUCCUUCAGUGCAUCGCCUCCUACGCGGACCGAUUCUGCCGCGGCGAUGCACUACAAGGUUGGGAAGAAUACGUGCUCAUGGCGUCGUUGGUUGUACUGACCGCGAACGUUCGCCGGAUGAACGUAAAGGACAAUGCUCAAAUUGUACAGCUUGUGCUGGACAGUCGGUUAUCUGCCACGUUGUCGAGCCUCGUUCGAUUCCCAGACAUGGAACAUCCAGUCGUCCAGGCAUCGCUUCACCUGUACAAAGCAUCGUUGGAUAUAUUUUACCACGGACUUGUUGACCAACUGGUACUUGUCACGACCUAUUUGGAAGCGUUGACAUCCAAUGCAUUGCAUGCAAGCGAAUUGGCAAUUCUGAAGCUGUUGUUACAACGGCUGACGAAUGUCGAAACGCUGCACGACCUCGUGAAAGAGCCCAAAUCGAUUGACAUUUUCGAGGUCCUCUUGGCGCAUUCCGUCCAGUGCCACCUCAUGCAGCGAGACGACGUGGCACGUGACCUCGUGGCCCUAAUCUAUUCGAUGACGCAGUCUCUGCUGUGGGGUUGCCACCGCCAACGCAUACCUCAACACCGCGCAUGGACGUGCUUUGAGGGAAUUGUACAAGCGUCGGUGCAUCUCGUCCAAACGACCAAGUCGGACCACGUUGCGCAGCUUGAACACAGCAUCCUCGGACAAGUUUUGCCAUUGUUGUUCACCGCGAUGCAGCACUUUUCGUGGCAGCCCGCAAAAGCCACAUUUGAACACAUGUGCGAGCUCCUAGGACAAUUGGUCGACUGCAUCGGUCCAUUGAACAAACUGACCAACCCGAGCGACAUCCACAACGAAACAGUUGUCGAGACAACGGCGAAGGUAGUCAAGCACAUGGAAUCCCCCCACGACUACCUCAACAACAUGCACGUGUUGACGGAAUUAGCCAUCCCAGGCGCGUCAACGAUCACCAUAACAUUUGACCGUCGAAGUCGCACGGAAGCCGCGUACGACUACGUGACGUUCUACAAGGACGCCACGCAGACGGAAUUUUACGGCGUGGAAAAGUAUUCGGGGCGAGGGGACGACCACAACUGGCCUGGCAUGGACAAUUGCCCUCCUCUUGUCAUCGAGGCCGAAUCGUGCCACGUUUUGUUCCAUACAGACGGAUCUGGCGUCGACUGGGGCUACAAGUUUACAGCGGUCGGCGUCGUGGAAUCGCAGGUCACGUGUUUGUCGUUGCCGUGGCUAGUCCAUGUUGAAGAGACGCUUCUGUUGGUCGUGACGUCGUUUGCCACGACAUUAAUCCGCGGCAAAUUGUUUUCCCCGCUUUCAUCCGGUGAAAUCACACAGUCGCUGCUCUUGAACAGUCGCCUCUUGCACGGUGGAAAGCAGCAAUCGAGUGAUCACGUUGUACAGUUUCUGCGCGACUUAGUCGACCCCGCAGACGACUCAACUGCACAUGCAGUCGUCAAGGAGCUGAAAAAGCGAACGGUUCAAGAUCAAGGGUCCAUCGUGCAUAUCAACCGAGCGGUCCGAGCAGUAGCCGUUGCGAUUUUGCAUCAUAACUUGUGGGGCAUGGACGUGUACGAAAUCGGACAAACGCAAGGAUCGUCGCCCAUCGCAGCGCAGGUUCUCCAAGCGUGGAAAACAGCACAGAAGAUGCGCCAAUGGUUUGACAUUGGGGAUGCCGCCGACGCGACGGUGCAUCGCGCUUCGUCGUCAGGCCGUCCGACAGGACUAAAGCGACAGCCUUCCGCAUACAAAGGCCAGUCGGAGGAAGCCAUCAUGCAGUUGUGCCAGAACGUUGUCGAACGCUCCCUUUUCUUGCUCGAGUUUACACCGGCUUCUUUUUCGUUUGUACGGGCGGCCAAGUUGCGGUGGAACCUCCUGGCCAAGUACACGACGGCCAUCCAUCGGAAAAAUUCGUGGAUGCAUCUCGUCAAUGAGCUGAACGCAGCCACCGAACUCAAGUCCAUGCUCGACUACCGCCGCGCAUCGAUGGAACGCUUGAACACCCCCAAGACAGUCACGGAACUAGUGCUGGAAUUUGUGCAGUCGGACGUGGAUGUUGGCGAGAUGCAGACGAUUCUUGAGACCAGAAACCAACGUGCGCAGAGCCGAGUGUUGGGCAUGUCCACCGUCGCCAAAGCAUUAGGUGCUUCUUCGAGCGGUCGACUUCAGCAUGUCCUGUUGGAAGGUCUUGCGAAGACGAUGCGAGAGAUUGGACUUGAAGAUGCCUGCUCGACCAGCUUGCACUUUUUCAAUUCCCUCAACGGCUGCGAUGAACUCAAGCGCAAAGAACUCAGCGAAGCGGUGGCCCAGUGCCUGAAAGCAUGUGCGGACAUUCUUGGUAAUAACAAACUGUCCAAGUGGGCGGACGAGUCCCCGACAGCGUCGGCGGCCUUGAUCUCGAGUGCGUUGAAAGCAAUAGCGAUGGACUACGACGUCCGCGACUCGUACUUGCUGUACGACAGCAAAGUGCUUCCGCAUAUUCUCCGACUUCUUCCCUCCGAGAAUGUGCGCAUCCGUCAUGUCGCGCAGUCGAUUAUUCGCGUGUUGUUGUCGCACUUCGUCGCGAUUCCAGACACUGAAGACGUCUCGACGGAUGUUCCAAAUCUAUCGGCAUUUCAAAAGCAACUCUUAGCCGCCGUGCGGCUCCAGCUCGAAGGCAUUGUCGCCAGUGUGCAGCAACAAAGUGACCCUCACACCGCACUAUGUUUGACGCGCAACCAAGCUGGCUACUGUGCUCCGUUUGUGUCGGUGCUGCCAAACCAUUCGCUGUCGUUUUGGUUGUUCGUGGAAGAGCAAGCGUGCCAGUAUGCUCUCAAAGUGGGCGACGAAGUCCGACGCGGGCCGCACUGGAUCAGUACGCAGGACGAAGAUGGCGGCGAGCCAGGCACUGGCACGAUUGUGUCCAUCCCCAGUCCGACCACUGUUCAGGUGAAAUGGUUUGCGACAAACAAAGCAUUGGUGUACACAUGGGACCCGAGUUUGCCUCUAUACGAAGUGCAGUUGGUCGAUGAAGGCGUGGGAGGCAUGGUGUUCUUGCAUGGAAAUCGGAACUUGGUCUCGGACACGGAAGAAAUGGUCGCGUGGAGCCACUACGGACUGUUUCUAACAGACGAAGGCCAGAUCAAGUACGUCGUGAGCUCGGGAGCAGACAAAGACACGAUCUUUGAGAGCACGGAUGCUGUCCAUUUGAAUGCGUGGAACCACGUGUGCGUCGUCAAGGACGGCAUCCACCUGAAGUUGUAUCUCAAUGGUGCGCUCGACUCGCAGCACGUGUUGGACGAUGCCAAGAAGCACUCGACCGACGAUGACCCUCCAUCUCAUUGCGUCAUUGAAUCGGUGCAUCCGUGUAUGGGCCACGGAGACGUGAAUCGAUGGCCCUUAUCCUUCCCUGGCGCAAGUCGACUCGUUGUGACGUUUGACCCGCUCACGCAACUGGACAAAUCGAACGGCGACUACAUGUGCUUUUUUGCGUCGGUCGACGAAACCGAAGUGUGGGGUCUGCCGAUGUACAACCAUUCGUUUCCAGGGGUGAAUGAGAACAGCGCACUCAUUAUUCCAUCGGACAGCACUGUCGUGUACUUUCACUCCACCUCUCAAACGGUGAAGUGGGGAUUCCGCCUCGUCGUGGCCGCGGAAUACGACGAUGACCGGCAAUUUCACGAGUCGCUCAACUCUUAUCCAUUCUACUUUGGCGAGCCACCGUCUCGCGCGUUGGAUGCGCCGUCUGCACGGUGCUGGGUGACGCACUUUAGCGUCCUGAACGCGCCGCUAAACGAUCACGAGGUUGCUCUGCACAUGCGACUGGACAGCCAAGAGCUGACGCCGUACACAUUCCCCAUCGAUCGAACGCUUCAAACGUUGGGGCUCAUCCAAACGUGUGCCGAAACCAUGUUCGGGCGAACGUUUAUUACGAAUUCUGUGCUCAUCCGUCAUUUGAUGGUGGUGGCAUUCAUGGGCGCGGUGGAAACCCAGUGCGGAGCCAUGUACGUGCUUGUGGACCUGGCGCCGGCGCUGAGCACCAAGCUAGUGGAUGACGCGUUUGCCCGUGCAUUUCCGUCGUCGACAACCCCAUUUCUUGAAACGAUUUGGGAAAAUCUUGGCGCGAUCUUGAAUGUGUGGCCGCUUGAGCCAUCGUCUGUGCACUGCCACACGCCUGUGAUCGCGCAACCGGCGGCACUGAGCGCGAUGAGUUUGGUGCAGGCGUACCUGGCGCUUAUUCGAGCGUUGGCCAAGUCAUGCGAGUGGCUCGACCGUACUCACGCGUUGCUGCUAACAUCCUUGGACCAAAUCGACAGCCCACGGGACAUGAGCAUGGUCCUGGCCAGUGUGGCAGUGCUCGGCGGUACGUACGAUGGCGUGGGCAUUGGAAGCCGCGUCCGGUGUUGUGUAAACAUCGACGGCAAAGAGAGCAUCGAAGUCGGGUCGGUGAUCCAAUUUCGACUCAAAGGAGACUCUCGUUUGGCGUGUGUUUUGUUUGACUGCGACAACAGUCGGCCCGUCGACGUUCCUAUCAGCGACAUCACUGUUGUGGAUGACGAUAACCAUGGAGACGAAUCGGCGGCGGCGACGCAGCACUUGUGGCACGCGGCCAAGCGGUCCAUGCUCCUGGAACGAUUGGAGAAGGUGCUCCAAAGGUGGUACGACAUGGAGACAACUCCUGCCAGUGCGGUCACCCGGUACAAGCCACGGACAAAGACACAAGAAAAGGUCGAAGUGCUCGAGAGCGACCAUCCCUAUGCCAACAACACCGACACAACGUACACGCUGGACUUUCCUGGCGCGGACUCGAUGGUGAUUGUGUUUGAUUCCAUGACGUCGACCGAGUCGGAAUGCGACUACGUUCGAUUCCAGAAACGGGAUGGAACCGGUGGAACGUACGGCGACGACAAAUACAGCGGCCACCACUUUCCUGGUAUCGGCUCCGUUCCCCCUCUGCACAUUCCCGCUUCAUCCGUCGAUGUGGUCUUUCACACGGAUAGCUCGAGCACCGACUGGGGCUUUCGUUUACACGCCACGGCAACGUCCCAAUCUGUCGUGCUUCCACCUGAAAUGCCUCCGUUGCCAUCGCGGGGUGCAUGGAGCGAUCUUCGCGCGCGGGUGUUCAAAGUUCUCUCCCGCCAUGCCCACAUGUUGUCAACGUCGUGGAGCCAACCCUUGAUGGGCGAAUUGGCCCGCACCGCCGUGAUGUCAUACACGGGCCGGCCCUUGACAUCGAUGCCCAAGUCGCAAGUGUUUGAAUCGAAACACCCGUAUGCCAACUCGAUCUCCGAGUACAUGGCUGUCACGUUCAAGGGCGCCAGUAUGCUCACGAUAUCGUUCGAUCCGUUGUCUCGCACCGAGCACGGAUGCGAUUACGUCGUGUUCUUCAAGGACAAGUGCUUGGGCGAUCGAUGGGGUGAGCACCAGUACACUGGACGGGCGGGGUCGGAAAACUGGCCUGGCGUUGGCGGUCGACCACCGUUGGUCAUCGCUGCCGAAGGGUUCACGUUGUUCUGGUGCACAGACAGCUCCAACGUCGACUGGGGCUGGAAGUUUAUUGUGAAAGCAACGUUUCCGAGCAUUUCACCGCUCGCGCUCUCGUCCGAGCAACUGAAUCAACGAGCGUACCAUGUCACUGAGAUGCUGUACGAACAGAUGCAGUAUCAAGCGACGCCACCAGCGAUCGAUUUCGACGACUUUGAGCGCGACGACAUGAGCACGGUCGAAUCCCCGUCGGCGCUGCUAGUGCCCCCACCCCCACCGCAUGCGAUCACGGCAUCCACAUGGCACCGCAUCCAACCGUUCGACAACGUCGGGCUGUAUGACCGGCCGGACGACCGUGCCAAUGUGGUCGAUGUAUUGACGCACAACAUGCAUGUCAAGGUUCUUGCGGCACAACUUGACUGGAUCCAAUUGGAAACCAAGAGUGGCGAUGUCGGAUGGACGCGCCAGCGCAAAGGCGACGUGUGGGUCGUGCAUCCAGUCGACGCGAUCGACGCUCGGUUGGACGAAGACACGGUUGUCCUUGGCAUCGAUGACGUUUCGCCACCGCAUCCAGUUGUCGUCGACGACUCGAACGAAGAACAAGACGAGUUGGCCAACUUUGCGUCGCACUUCACGCUGGAAGAAUUGAAAGGGCACACGCACAGACUGCACUCGAUGGCGGUCGAGACGUACAAUGCCAUGUCGAUACACAGCGCCCGACGAAUCCUCGCGACGGUAUUGUCCAUGUUUCCGACGUGCCCCUUCACGUCGGCAUCGACGACGCCGCAAGUUCUCCUCGAGUUGCUCGUCGUGUUUCUUACGCAACAUGCGCUGUCCCCAGACGAACAGGCCAACCUCCAACUGCAGCUGUACAAAUGGCUUGACUCGACGCCGGCGCUGUUGGCCAGCAUCGUGUCGCACAGCACAGCCCUGCUCAACCACACGAUGCUGUCCUUGACGUCGCAUCAGCGAGCUAUGGUUCGGACGGUCGAAAGCCCGCAUCCGUACCAUGAUAACAUGGACAUGUACUGGCGAGUCGACAUGCCCGGGGCCAAGCACAUCAAGGUGGUGUUUGAUUCACGCAGCAAGAGCGAGGCAGGAUGCGACUGGUUGUGCUUUUAUGCGGCUGGCGACCGGAGCAUCACGUUUGGCGACGCGCAAUACAGCGGCCGCGGGGGGACCGAAAAUUGGCCGGGAUUUGGCAACCGACCCCCGUUAGUGAUCGAGAGCGACCGCUUUGAGGUGUACUUUCACUCGGACGGCAGUGGCACCGACUGGGGAUGGGCGUUCACAGCAUACGGGGUCGUGUCAGAGUUGGACACAACAACCACUGCUUCCCUGCGACCGGUGGACUUGGACAAAGCAGUCGUGGGGAGCUGGUUGCUCAAAGCGGUCACUGCCAUGCCCACCAAGCCACUGCAUGUCGUGGACGCAGUGCUGAACAAUGCCACGGUGCUGCAAACGUGGGUCGAUUGCAUGAAGCUCAUGCCGCGGUGCAUCAAAAUGGACGUGCUUGGUAUGAUCACAAACGUCGCGAUCGAUCAUGCGACGUGGGAACGAAUGGAUCCAUUCCAUGCGAGGCUGUGGAUGUCCAUUCGCUCCCUCGUCAAGAAGCGCAUGCGAUCGCAACAUAAAUGUGAAGAGCGCCAGGAACUCAAGUCACCAUACCUCCAAGCGCUCAUCCAAUGUGCCAUGGCGCUCGACCACGCUGCGGAAUCAUGCGGGUUCCCUUCGAUACCGUCAACAGUUGACGCUAAAGUCGACGUGCAGAAACCAGCGACCGCAACCGACGCCACGAUUGCUUUCACAGCAGAGGUCAAGUCGCUGUCUGUACCGUUGGCAGAAAGUGGUCCGUUGGUGACAUGGACAUUCGUCGCGAAAGCAAUUCGUGGCACGGUGAUCCUUGGGCUGCAGGGACACAACGGAUGGAACACGAAUUGGAAGAACGUGGUCGAUUCGAACGACGGCGACAAGGGCUACCAGAUGCCGUCGCACAUUCGAGUCGAUCCGGGGCACUCGCUUUCGUUCAUGCAGCGCGAUGUUGUCCGCAUGGAAGUCGACAUCGUUCGCCAUGUUGUGGUCGUCUUCCGGAACAAUGCCGUUGUGUUUGACACAUCCAUUCCGCCGUCGUUGAAAGCGCUGCAUCCUCUCGUGACCGUGUACGAUCCCCACGACGUUGUCGUGGUGUCUGCGAUCCCGUCCUGGCCGAAUGAAGUCGAGUUUCCAGACCCUGCUUGGUACGUCAAAGCUAUGGACAGCAUGAGCGCUCUGUGGAUGGAAGCAGCAGCGUACGACAAACGCACGGGACAUCGCCGGGGCCCGUUUGUCGCGUCCCGAGAAAGCAGUCACCCGAUGGCAGACGACGCAUGGACAGACACAAUUCGCAUUCCAAACGCCACCAAGUUGGAGAUCCGAUUCGACCGCAAGACCCAACUUGACGCCAACGACUCGAUCGUCCUGAGCAGCUCGUUGCACAAUCAAGCAAUCGUUCUGACCGGUUUGGACGGGAAAACCACACCAGACCAUGCAGCAUUUGGUCCGACAGAAUCCCGGCUUUCGCUCAAGGCUGGAGAUGUUGUUGUCCGACAUGAUCGCGAUUGGAUCUACGGCGACGAAGAUGGCGGACCCGGCGAACGUGGCGUCGUGACCGAAAUCGUGAGCUGGAAGUAUCAGUCGGGGUCCGGGGUCAAGGUAAAAUGGCGGCAAACCCAGCAUGAAAACACAUAUCGGUAUGGGUACAACGGAUUUUUCGACGUGGUGCUCCUGUCCAGUGCCGUCGAGACAACCCUGCCGUCCGUGCUGUGGAUCAAAGGCGACACGGUACAAGUGUCGGUGACACCAUUCCGCCUGGCGAGUGGCAAAGAAUCUCGGUUUCGAGGCAGCCUCGACUUCAACCGGCAUACGUGCUUGGUGCUCUCAAUCUGUCGUCCCCUCAAGUUAUCCGACGACUUUACGAUCCAGUUUUGGAUCCGGCUGGCCGAUUUCAAGGACGACAAGCGCGCACAAACGAUUUUCGUGGCUGGGCACGCCGCCCCUACCUGCCUCCACUUGUCCGUAUCGUCGGAUUUCAGGUUCAGACUGUCGUACAAGUCGGACGACUUCAUCGACAGUUUGGUGACGGACCCGCUCGUCCCUGCGUCGUACACAUGGACGCAUGUGGCGAUCACCGCCAGUGGAUCGGAUGUGAUCUUGUACAAGUGGGGCGACAAGUGGGCGUCGCAUACGUUUUACGGUCGGCCGGGCUAUACCACACCGUUUGACGUUAUGCAGUGGGGCAAUCAUCACACUAGUUCAUCCCCUGCGGCGACUCGCUUUGGUUUCAAGUCAUUCGUUGGCAUGGCGGGCCAAUUGUACGAUAUUCAGGUCUGGGACUCCCCCCUGACAUCGUCGGACAUUCGCCAAAUAUUGUUUGACGAGCAAGCGCGCAUGAACGAAUUGUUCCAGCCACCACCGCAGCCGUACAACCCGUGGGCAACUGUCAACAACUCUGGAAAGGACUUUGUGAGUGUGCGGUCGACCGUUUGUGUCCAGCGAGGGAGCGCGUACUUUGAAGCGACGCUCAUGAGCGGUGGCACAGUGUUGGUGGGAUGGGUCGAAGCAGGGUGUACCUUGCGUCGGAAAACGGCGGGAAUCGGAGACUGCUCGUCGUCGUAUGCCAUCGAUGUCAACCGUCAGUGUAUGUGGCACAACGGCCCAAGCCCGUUCUUGGUGCCGACGGCGGUCCGUGGCAAUGCUGGGGAUGUCGUGGGGUGUUUGGUGGAGUUGAAUCGAGGGAUCAUGUCCUUCACAUUGAAUGGAGAUCCGAUUGGGGAUUCGUUUACUGCCCCCAAGGCAACGACGUCCCCGACAAGGACUGGACAGCGACAAAGCGCGGCUCUCCUGAAGAUAGCUCCAAUGCUGUCUCCACGACAUGCCCGGCCGACUUUGAGGCAUUCGACCCCGCGAAGCAUGGGCACCUACGAAGCCAAAGUGACCGAGCUCAUGGCGAUGGGAUGCUCCCGACCAAAGGCGAUCGAAGCGCUCGAACGAAAUGAACAGAGUGUUCCUCGUGCUGUCGAGUGGUUGCUUCACCAUCCUGAAGACAAAACGGAUGCUAGUCACGUCGCAGGGCCUCCCGUUCUUUCGGUGGAAGAUGCAACGCCAGUGCCAAACAAGUGGCUGGUUGGCAACGGCCUUCACCCAGCGGUAUCGCUCAGUCCGAUGGGAGCACAAGGCGUGGAAUGGAACUUAGGCCAGUCUCCAUUUGUGCAUCCCCCAGAUGACAUAUCGUCGGUCUGGUCGCACCGAAACCCGGCAUGGACGAACGAACGUGCGCAUGAAUUUGAAGUGUUUGACUGGGGCGAAGACGGGUGGGAAUCGAUCAAAGUUCGCCAUCGGUUGCUCAACAAUGCGCCCCAGUUGUUGCAUCGGUACGUGCUUGACGAUGGCGAAGGACUCGAAGUGGAAGACUCCAAAGGCACGGCACCGGGGAUGCUCAUGUCGAUUCUUGCCACAGCAAGCGGAGUGCCAGCGUCUAUGAAGCCAUGGAAAGGGUGGAUUUAUUCUCCGAUUCACAACCAAGGGAGUGGUGCGUGGGGCUACAAAUUCUCUGUGUUUGGUCACUUUCACCAGAACAGUGUUCCGAGGACUCGAUUUGUGCUGCGAGGCGGGUACAACCCGUUGGAAACGCACCGACAAGCCACCAUGCAACUUGUCGAGUACGUGAACCAGAAGAAUCGACACAUGGACGCCGCACAUCUCGUGCGCGCUACGUGGGCAGAAUUCGCCCUGUGCGAUGAAGAUUGGGCGCGGUGGCCACUGCUGUGUGAAAUGGUGUCGGGGGCAUCACCGGCACCCGAUUCCACGCACGAAUUCAACCAAACCAAGUUGGCGCAGUGCUUCAAAUGGUUACAAGACUUCAAUUUGGCCAUGUAUCGCUUGUUACCUUUCGUGCACUUUGUCGCGCCCGUCGGACAAGUCGCAUCAAAUGAGCUCACGCUGUCGUCCAUGAUCAGUGCAUGUCGGAGCCUCAUCUUCCACACGCUCAAAAAAGGUUUAUGGGACGAUUGCCUCAAGCGCACCCAGCGGUCGGGAGCGUCGCUCGAAGUGACGCUGAACCGACCAAAAGCAAUGCGGCAUCGCGACGCGGGACUUGUUGACAUGGACGCGCGGACAACGCUGUUUGGCCAAGCAUUUCGCCAGCUCAACUCGAGCGAGAACCACCAUUUUCGACGGUCGGACAACGUGUACUAUGUCAAGUUUCUUGGCGAAAACGCUGAAGAUGCGGGUGGGCCGUACCGAGAAACGUUUGCUCAAUACGCGGCCGAGCUGCACUCGACGCAGAUCCCCAUGAUGCUACGGACGCCCAACGCGGCCCACAACGUUGGCACCGGGCGUGAAAAAUGGGUCCUCAACCCCACGGCGUUUUCGUCGGUGCGUUUGCGGCGCCGAUUGUUUACGUUCUUGGGAAAACUCAUGGGCGCGAGCGUCCGAAGCAAAGACUUUCUCGCGCUGGAUAUGGCAGGGCUGAUGUGGAAGUUGCUUGUGAACGACGACAUGUCAGUUGGCAUCGACGAUCUCGCCGCGCUGGACAAGAUGCUCGUCCAGUCGAUGCACAAGAUGAGGUCCAUUGAUCAACUUGGUGUGACGGAAGAAAUGUUUGAAGAGAUUGUGCUGGAAACGUUCACAACGUUGUCGACGGACAAUCGAGUGGUCGAGAUUAAACCGAACGGCAGCUCGAUUGCAGUCGCGUUUAGCACCCGCAUCGAGUUCGCCGACUUGGUCGAGCAUUACCGGCUCCACGAAUUCGACGUCGUCGUCAAGUACGUCCAGGAGGGGGUGGGCAAGGUGCUCCCGUUAAACUUGAUGAGUUUGUUCACGGCGUCCGAGUUUGAGUCGAUGGUGUGCGGUUCCCCCGAAGUCGACGUUGACCUGCUGGCCCAAUGCACUGAGUACAGUUUGUGCGCCGCCACAGACACUCACGUUGUAUGGUUCUGGAACACCCUGCGCAAGUUUUCGCACGACGAACGGAGUGCAUUUUUGCGAUUCGUGUGGGGUCGAUCUCGCUUACCGCAUUCUGCCGCAGAAUUCCCGCAAUGGUUCAAGCUCCAGUCGUUCAACAAGAGCCCCGCGGAUACGUACCUGCCAGUGGCGCACACGUGUUUUUUCGCGCUCGAGCUACCUGCGUACACAAACGAAGAGCUCUUGAUGAAAAAGCUCUUGUAUGCGAUUUACAACUGCCAGGAGAUCGACGCGGACGGCGACAGCGUGGCGGCAAACCAGCUCGGGUGGGACGAGUAGAAAAUUAAACAGUACGCAGCACACCCAUGGGCACGAAAGGUGCGCCGUGGUUUUGUACCAACGUUAAAAUCCCAAUCCCCCGACAGUCACGAUGCAAUACAUCGUGCGAUUGUGUUC